GUCAUGGCGUCUUCCACCGUGGCCAAGAAAGAGCAGCGCCUUCCUAAAGUGGCCCAGGUCAAAAACAAAGCUGCGGCCGAGGUGCAGAUAACUGCAGAGCAGCUCUUAAGGGAAGCGAAAGAGAGAGAACUCGAGCUCCUCGCGCCUCCACCUCAGCAGAAGAUCACAGACGCAGACGAAUUCAAUGAUUACAAACUCCGGAGAAGAAAGGCCUUUGAAGAAAACCUCAGACACAAGAGGACUGUGAUCAGCAACUGGAUCAAAUACGCACAAUGGGAGGAAAGCCUGAAGGAGCUCGAUAGGGCUCGAUCCAUCUACGAGCGUGCUUUAGAUGUGGACUACCGCAAUCUUACCCUCUGGCUGAAAUAUGCAGAGAUGGAGAUGAAGAACCGCCAGGUCAACCAUGCCCGAAACAUCUGGGACCGUGCCAUCACAACUCUGCCCCGAGUCAAGCAGCUCUGGUACAAGUACACGUACAUGGAGGAGCUGUUGGGCAACGUCGCUGGUGCUCGUCAGGUGUUUGAGCGCUGGAUGGAAUGGCAGCCUGAGGAGCAGGCCUGGCACUCNUACAUCAACUUGGAGCUGAGAUACCAAGAGGUGGAGCGGGCCCGCACCAUUUAUGAACGCUUUGUGCUCGUGCACCCNGCUGUGAAGAACUGGAUCAAGUAUGCUCGCUUUGAAGAGCGGCACGCUUGUGUUGCUCGUGCGCGGAAAGUCUACGAGAGAGCCGUGCAGUUUUUCGGCGAGGAGCAUAUGGACCAACACCUCUAUGUGGCCUUUGCAAAAUUUGAGGAGAAUCAGAAAGAACUGGAAAGGGUGCGAGUUAUCUACAGAUAUGCCCUGGAUAGGAUUUCCAAACAGGAGGCCCAAGAACUCUUGACAAACUACACCAUCUUUGAGAAGAAGUUUGGUGACCGGAGGGCUGUAGAAGAGAGCAUCGUGAGAAAACGCCGGUUCCACUAUGAAGAAGAAGUGAAGGCGAAUCCGCACAAUUACGACGCGUGGUUUGAUUACUUACGCUUGGUGGAAAGUGAGGCAGAAGCCCACACCGUGCGGGAAGUCUAUGAGAGAGCCAUCGCCAGUGUGCCACCGGUGCUGGAGAAGAGGCACUGGAAGCGCUACAUCUACCUCUGGGUUAACUAUGCGCUCUAUGAAGAGCUGGAGGCCAAGGAUCCCGUGAGGACGAGACGCGUCUAUCAAGCGUCUCUGCAGCUCAUUCCUCACACAAAGUUCACCUUUGCCAAAAUGUGGUUAUAUUACGCCCAGUUUGAAAUACGACAGAAGAANCUGCCNUUGGCCAGNAGAGCUUUGGGNACUUCCCUAGGCAAAUGUCCAAAGAACNAGUUGUUCAAAGCCUACAUAGCCCUGGAGCUGCAGCUUCGAGAGUUUGACAGAUGCAGGAAGCUUUAUGAGAAGUUUCUGGAAUUCGGACCUGAAAAUUGUGCCUCGUGGAUCAAGUUUGCAGAGUUAGAGACAAUCCUUGGUGACGUUGAGAGAGCUCNGGCAAUCUAUGAAUUAGCCAUCAGCCAGCCGCGCUUGGAUAUGCCAGAGCUACUUUGGAAAUCCUAUAUUGAUUUUGAGAUGGAGCAGGAAGAGCCCGAGAGAACACGGAACCUUUACCGACGGUUGCUUCAGAGAACACAGCACGUCAAGGUGUGGAUCAGUUUUGCUCAGUUUGAGUGCUCUUCUGGGANUGAAGGAAGUGUGGCGAAAUGCAGACAGAUUUAUCAAGAAGCCAACAGAUCCAUGAGACACUGUGAGGACAAAGNAGAGAGGCUUAUGCUGCUGGAAUCCUGGAGAACUUUUGAAGGGGAGUUUGGAACCGUAGCAGACAAGGAGAGAGUAGACAAACUCAUGCCAGAAGAGGUCAGGAAGAGAAGAAAGGUCCAGGCCGACGAUGGUUCUGAUGCCGGAUGGCAAGAAUACCGCGACUACAUCUUUCCAGAGGAUGCGGCCCAGCAGCCUAACCUCAAGCUUCUGGCGAUGGCCAAGCUGUGGAAGAAACAGCAACAGGAAAGAGAAGCUGCCGGACAGGAGCCAGAUAAGGACAGGAAUGAGAGUGAAUCCUCAUCUCUCUAA